CUGUAAGGUGUCAGGAUGUGGCGGUCUAUUUCUCCAUGGAGGAGUGGGAGUAUAUAGAAGGACACAAGGAUCUGUACAGCGAGGCCAUGAUGGAGGACCACCGUCCUCUUCUGUCACUGGGAAAGUUGUGGAGGAACGACGCGUGGGCUCAAAAAAACAACAACAGUGUCUGCGAAUGAUUAAUGUUGCAUUAAAGGCUUUCCUGAAGAUCUCCCUCUAUCUCCCUCCCUUGAAGUAGAAGAUAAUCAGUCACCGAUUGGCAAAACAAGAAAUUUCAAAAAGAAAUCUAAUCUUUCCAUGCAUGAGAAAAUUCACACAGCUAAAAGACGAUAUUCAUGUUCAGACUGUGGGAAAACAUUUACUAGGAAACGGACUCUUGUUGGACAUCAAAGAAUUCACACAGGAGAGAAGCCAUUCUCCUGCCUGGAAUGUGGGCAGAAGUUUAUGCUUAAAAAUUAUCUUGAAAGGCAUCAGAGAAUUCACUCAAAUGAGAAGCCGUAUUCAUGUUCAGAAUGUGGAAGAUGUUUCACAGAAAAAUCAAAGCUUAUUAUACAUGAGAGAUUUCAUACCGGAGAAAAGCUCUUUACAUGUUCAGAAUGUGGGAAAUGUUUUACAAGUAAAUCAAAUUUUAUUAGUCAUCAGAGAAUUCACACAGGAGAGAAGCCAUAUUCAUGUUCUGAAUGUGGAGGAUGUUUUAGGCAGAAGGCAAGCCUAUUAAAACAUCAGAGACGGCACACAGGAGAGAAGCCAUAUUCAUGUCCAGAAUGUGGGAAAUGUUUUAGUCGGAGGUCAGUCCUUGUUAAACAUCAGAUGAUUCACACAGGAGAGAAGCCAUACUCAUGCUCAGAAUGUGGGAAAUGUUUUAGUCAGAGAGCAGUCCUUACUAUACAUCAGAGAUGUCACACCGGGGAGAAACCAUAUUUAUGCUCAGAAUGUGGGAAAUGUUUUGCCCAGAAAUCACAUCUUGUUGACCAUCUAACAACUCAUACUGGGAAGUCAUUUUCAUGUCCUGAAUGUGGGAAAUGUUUUCGCCAAAAAUUAAGUCUUAUUGGACAUCUAAAUAUUCACACAGGGGAGAAACCAUAUUUAUGUUCAGAAUGUGGGGAAUGUUUUAAUCACAAACUAGCUCUUGUUAAACAUCAGAACAGUCAUAAAGGGGAGAAGUCUUAUUCAUGUUCACAAUGUGGAAAAUGUUUUACCAGGAAAUCGAGUCUUGUUAUACAUGAGAGAAUUCACACAGGAGAAAAGCCGUAUUCAUGUUCAGAAUGUGGGAAAUGUUUUAGCCAGAAAGCAGUCCUUCUUAAACAUCAGAAAAUUCACACCGGGGAGAAGCCGUAUUCAUGCUCCAAAUGUGGGAAAUGUUUUAGACAGAAAUCAAGUCUUAUUGACCAUCUGAAAAGUCACUCUGAGGAGAAGCCAUUUUCAUGUUCUGAAUGUGGGAAAUGUUUCCGACAGAAAUUAGGUCUUCUGGGGCAUUUAAAUAGUCACACAGGGAAGAAACCAUAUUCAUGUUCUCAAUGUGGGAAAUGUUUUACACAGAAGUCUGGUCUUGUAAUACAUGGGAGAAUUCACACUGGGGAGAAGCCAUAUUCAUGUUCAGAAUGUGGGAAAUGUUUUGGCUAUAAAUCAAGUCUUGUUGACCAUCUGAAAACUCAUUUGGAGGAGAAGCCAUUUUCAUGUCCUGAAUGUGGGAAAUAUUUUACGCAUAAAUCAGGUCUUGUUUUACAUGAGCGAAUUCACACAGGGGAGAAGCCAUAUUCCUGUGUAGAAUGUGGGAAAUGUUUCAGAUAUAAAUCAAGUCUUGCUGACCAUUUGAAAAUGCACUCUGCGGAUAAUUCAUUUUCAUGUCGUGAAUGUGGGAAAUGUUUUGGCAGGAAAAUGAAUCUUGUUAUACACGAGAGAAUUCACACAGGAGAGAAGCCAUAUUCAUGUUCAGAAUGUGGGAAAUGUUUUACCCAGAGAGCAAUCCUUGAUAAACAUCAAAAGACUCACAGCAGAGAGAGACCGUAUUCAUGUUCAGAAUGUGGGAAAUGUUUUAAACAUAAAUCAGAUCUUGUUAUACAUCAGAGAACUCACACAGGAGAGAAGCCAUAUUCAUGUUCGGAAUGUGGGAAAUGUUUUAGUUAGAGAUCAAUCCUUGUUAAACAUCAGAAGAUUCACACACGAGAGAAACCUCAUUUAUGAUCAGAAUGUGGGAAAUGUCUUGUAGACCAUCUGAAAUGUCACACUGAGAAGAAGCCAUUUUAAUGUCAUGAAUGUGGGAAAUGUUUUCAUCAGCAAUCAAGUCUUGUGGAACAUCUUAGUAUUCACUCAGGAGAGAAGUAAUAAUUAUGUUCAGCAUGUGGAAAAUGUUUUAUACAUAAGUCAUAUCUUAUUUAACAUUUGAAAAGUUACUAAAGCCUUUGUGUCUUGAAUGUGGGAAAUGUUUUCAUCAGGAGUCAAGUCCUGUGGAACAUCUAAAUGAAAUGUUACCAGAUGCCAUAUUGAUUUUUUAGAAUGUGGGGAAUGCUUUAUAUAUGAAUCAAGUCUCGUUAUACAUCAGAGAAUUCACACAGGGGAGAAGACAUUGUAACUCUGUAGGAAAUAGGGCCUAUGUGAGCUCCAUUGUUGGACAUGCUGCCUCCGGAUUACCAUUACUGCUUAACACAGCAAGAUCCUAGUGAUCGAUGUUCUGUGUAAAUGGCCUGAACCAACAUCAGUAAUCUCUCAGAAAACUCUGGGAUGGGGAAUAUCACAGGCUUAUCAAUGAGAACAAUUUCCCCAUACAGAAGGUAGCAUUCACUAUGUGCCUCCUGUGAGCCAGUAUGGAUAGCAGCCAUUACUGCCGGCAGACUCGCUGUCAAGGAAUUCUUGGCAGAACUGCUGUAGUUCGAACACAGGCGUAGGUUUUCUUACAUAAGCUGUCCAAUGUAGAUUGGAAAGAGAUGAAACCUUGGAAUCUUGUACCAUGAGGCUGGCACAAUAUCAAACCAAAGUGAGAAUCUUGUGGACGUGCCGAGAAAGGGGAAAGGGACUAACAUCUAUCCUAAAAGCUGAUAAAAGA